GGACCUGUGACCCAUCUAGCACCCACAAGCUGUCUGGCUGUCAGCAGAAGAGCUGCGGUGAAGAAACGGUUAAGAGAGGAUGCAGGUCUGAGCAUGUGCCGCCGGUGCCGCCGCAGUGAAGUAAGAUGUGUGGAUGUCCAUAGGACGGAGCGGAGACGCGGCGCAGCGCAGGAGAAGCCGGGAGGACAGCCGAGAGCGGCGCAGACCGACAGCCGACUCGUCCUCAGCGACCUCACCGAGGGAUGCGUGGGAUCCGCCGGGGUGUGCGCCUGGGAAGACACCGCAGAGAGCCGUCGGAAGAUCUGAAUCCUGCACAUCUAAAUCGGAAAUCUCUGUGAAACCCACAGGAGCAACAAUGGCGACCAUAGAAACCUCCAGGGAGCCAGUUCCUCUCACGGCCCUCUCCCGCUGGUACCUCUACGCCAUCCACGGCUACUUCUGCGAAGUGAUGUUCACCGCCGCCUGGGAGUUUGUGGUCAACUGCAACUGGAAGUUCCCCGGCGUGACCAGCGUAUGGGCCCUCUUCAUCUACGGCACCUGCAUCCUCAUCGUGGAGCGAAUGUACUUGAGCCUGCGCGGCCGCUGCCCCGUGCUGCUGCGCUGCGUCAUCUACACGCUGUGGACCUACCUGUGGGAGUUCGGCACGGGUCUGCUUCUGCGCCAGUUCAACGCGUGUCCCUGGGACUACUCCGAGUUCCGCUACAACUUCAUGGGGUUGAUCACGGCCGAGUACGCCGUGCCGUGGUUCUGCGCCGCCUUCAUGGUGGAGCAAUUCGUCAUCCGCAAAACCUUGCGGCUGCGCUUUCACGAAGGGCCCGAGGACGGUUGGUCAAACCAUCGGCGUGACGCUGGAGGUGGAGGAGAAACUUUGGAGGGCAGCAGGCGUAGAGAACAAAGGCGGGGGAGUGGCUUUAGUUCAAAUGGCUGCCUUAAAGUUGAAUGAGCCAGGGAACAGGGGACUUAGGGACUCUGUCAUACCUCCGUGACUCGCCACUGGCACUUUUUCAUAUGCAAUCUCACCCUUUAGUGCAUGGGAUAGAGAGCCAGAAGACGGUCUAACUAAGGCUUCAAAUCCCGAACCACUCGGUCUGUUGUUAGCUAAACAGAGACUAGUGGUGUUACUGUUAUAACUGCAUUUCACAUUGCAUUCAAUUAUUUUACCUGGGGCUUACCCUACCAAGACUGGGAUCUCAAAUAAUCUGGAUUAAACGCUAAAUCUCCUUCUUGGAGUUUGGAAUUUGGGAUUUAAAAAAAAAGAAAGCACUUUUUCAGAGAUUAGUGUUAUUUUUUUCUGUGAAACGACUUUUUCAGAAACAAAUACAGUAUUUCUGUUUUUCAAGUAUACAUCGAUCUAUUGUGAGACCGGGAGUCUUGCUUCAAAGAAAUCUUGAAUUAAAGUACAGCAACCAUGGAGCAUCAUCGAGAGAUGUAAAUGUUGGUAUUUCUUAAAAUUCAAAGCAACGUUCCAAUGUGUAACAUUUGGGACAAUCUUUGGAGUUUCUUUGGAGAAGUGUGAAACCCAUAGCUGUUUUCAUUAGUGUAGAAUCAAAAUAUGUGCAAUUUUGUCGUAGUAGUUUAUAUUAGAGUUGCAUGAUCAAAUAUUU